AUGGCAACUGCUAAUUCUACAAGCAGCGGACCGAAAUCGGAGGCCUCACGCCCGUGCGCGUGCGGGUCAAUGAUAUCAGGCAAGGAUCCUCAUCCUUUAUGCAUCGUAUGCCUGGGGGUGAGACACGCUCAGGCAGCCCUCGCGAACCCCGAAUGCUGUCCACACUGUUCUCUCUUCCCGUCAAGGGUGCUAGAGAGAAGAGUGCGCGUCGCGGCCGCCAAUAAAGGAGACCCCUGCCUUUCUCCGCCGCCCGCGGAAGAAACUAAUCCGCCCCCUGCGUCGUGCAGUUGGGGCGAAUUUAUGGAUGAAGUCUCUCCCGACCUACCUCCCAUUUUCGGAUCCUUUACUAAUGUAAGGGAGGAAGACGAUGAGGACGACGAAGCCAUCGCUCGUCUGUUAGAGGAGGACGGGGAGGAGGAUGACGACGACGCGAUCCUCCCGCCAAAUCUCUCCCGGCCGGGCAGCGCGUUAAGCGAAGGGUCACCCUCCCCAGCUCAGACGGAGCUCGACCUGCUCGAAAUGUGCCGGAGGGCGGCGGCAAAACUCUCCAUAGAGUGGCCGUCGCAGCAGACAGGCCAGGGGACGGAGAGGGAUCUCUAUGACGGCAAGAGACUACCGUCACGUGCCCAACCUGUUAAGCAGCUCAUUCCAGCGGUCCCAGCCUGCGUUUCAGAAAUGAAACGUUUCUGGGAUAAACCCUUUUCACACAGGGUUCCUGUAAAAGGUUUUUCGAGGCUGGAUGUUGAUAACAUGGAGGAGUUAGGGAUGUCAAAUCCCCCUCAUGUUGAGCUUUCAGUAGCUCACCAUCUUAACCCCAACCGCAGAGCAGCCUUUUCCUCUGCUUCAGCUUCUCUGCCAGGACGCACUGAACGCUUAACAGCCUCAGUAUUCCAGAAGAUUUAUCGUUCUUCUGCACUGGCAGUGAGGGCUCUUAAUGCCACCUCUCUCCUCACUGCUUAUCAAGCAGAGCUUAUGGAGGAGAUGGGGAGACAGAUGGAUGCUGGGACACCAAACCCAGCCCUGUGGGAAGAGAUCUGUGUUAUUGCAGAUCUCAACCUGAGAACCUCCAGGGGCGCGGUCCAGAGCUGUGGUCGCAGCAUGGGCCUGGCCGUGGUGGGUGAGCGGGCUCUCUGGCUGGGGCUGUCAGGGCUGUCAGACAGAGAGAAGGUGGACUUCUUGGACGCUCCAGUUGAGCCCAAAGCCCUUUUCGGGGCAUCGGUCACUGCAAUGCGUCAAAAGUGUGAUCUGAGGAAACAGGAAGGAGUGGUCAUUCAGCCUUCAGAGGCCCUAGACCACCUCAACCUCAGCAGGUUGAGCCACAAUCCAAACCGGCUCAGCCGAGGGGAAAACCUUCUUUUGCGGCAGCUGCAGCUAGACACCGGCCAGCAAACCCUCAGGGAGGGAAGAAACGGCGAGCGACCUAACACGUCAUCGCAUCCAGAACAAAAGGAUGAACAACAGCACUCCCGGAGUAUCUGUUUUUGUUUUUCCUCAAAGAGAGUGGUCAAUUUUUCCCCCUCCCGCCAAGAAAAGGCGUUGGACUUGGGAAUCGUUCACAGGAAAAAGUUCUCUAAUGACCAGUUCAGUUGUGAAGUUGGCACCAGUUCCCCCAGUGCCCCACACAAAAUUUCCCCUCCCUCCACCCACGGGGUUUCAACAGAGGGCAGAGGGCUGUUCUCACGAAAACAUGUUUGGUGUGAAAAUAAUAAACUCAUUCCCUGUGCAUCCAGGCAGUGGGCCGAGGGCACAGCAACGUUUGAAAAGAAAAACACACACAAAAACAAAAUUGUUCAGAUCAGAACUGCAGUCCCCAGCUCCGCCGCUAGAUGGCGCCACCGCGCCACUAGUGAACGAGAGCGCGCUCGGUCCACUCUCUGCUCACGCAGAGAGAUGGCGCGCAUGCGCAGUUCACCCCUGGGUUUUCUCCACAAUAAGCCGGGGUUAUCGUCUGCAAUUUGCUGUAAAACCUCCACUUUUCAACAGUGUGUUAAUGUCAACAGCACAAGGGGAGUCAGCUCAGAUUUUAGAGGAAGAAAUAACCUCUUUAUUGAACAAAAGAGCAAUUCGAGUUGUGCCGCCAGAGGACAGCCACCACGGCUUUUACUCACGGUACUUCGUCAUUCCCAAAAAAGGAGGGGGUCUCCGUCCCAUUCUGGAUUUACGGAACCUCAACAAACACCUCAGGAAAUACAAUUUCAAAAUGUUGACCUUAAAGGUGUUGUCAAAAAUUAUUCGUCCCAAAGACUGGCUGACAUCAGUCGAUUUGAAGGACGCAUAUUUUCACAUAAGCAUCUAUCCAGCACACAGAAAAUUCCUCAGGUUUGCCUAUCGGGACACAGCGUACGAAUUUUUGACAGUACCGUUUGGUCUGUCUCUCGCACCGAGAAUUUUUACAAAAUGUGUGGAAGCGGCGCUCACACCGCUGAGGAUGAUGGGUCUGAGAGUGUCAGCAUAUUUGGACGAUCUGCUGCUCUGCGCGCCGUCGCGGCAUCAGGCAGAGAGAGAGACAAAAAUGCUCGUGUCUCACCUGGAGAGCCUAGGCUUCAGGAUAAACGAGACGAAAAGCAGCUUAGUGCCCACACAAGAGAUAAUUUACCUGGGUCUCAGACUGAACUCAGACCUGUAUCAAGCUUUUCUGUCGGAGGAGCGCAUCAAGUCAAUUCGCGGCUGUUUGUCCCUUUUUCAGAAAGGAAACAAAGUUCAAUUCAGACUGUGUUUACGUCUUCUGGGUCUGAUGGCCUCGACAGUUUCAAUCAUUCCUCUGGGACUGUUGCGAAUGAGGGAUUUCCAGCGCUGGACAGCGGCACAGCGUUUGUGUCCAAAACGCCACCUAAACCGCAAAGUGAUAGUAACAUCACUUUGCAUGCGCGCUCUCCAUCACUGGAGAGAUCGGGCUUUUCUCGAGUCAGGGACUCCGCUGGGAGCAGUUUCUAUGAGAAAGGUGGUCACAACGGAUGCGUCGCUCACAGGUUGGGGUGCUGUGUGCGAGGGCAGAAUAGCGAAAGGGAAAUGGCCUGUCUCGCUACAGAACGCACACAUAAACUUCCUGGAACUGUUAACGGUGUUUCUAGCAUUGAAACAUUUUGUGCAGUUUCUAAAGAACCACCACGUUUUGAUCAGAUCAGACAACACAACGGCAGUGGCAUACAUAAAUCGCCAGGGUGGCACACGCUCCCCUCAGCUUCACAGUCUGGCACAGAAACUGAUCGUGUGGGGCGUGAAGCAUUUUCAUUCACUACGGGCAACGCAUGUUCCGGGAAUAAUGAAUGUGGGAGCGGAUCUCCUGUCCAGAGGAAAUCCGCUGUAUGGAGAAUGGACUCUCCACCCUCAGGUAGUGAGCCAGUUGUGGGAGAGGUUCGGCCGAGCUGCCGUAGAUCUCUUCGCCUCGCACGAAAACACUCAUUGCCCUCUAUUCUUCUCUCUGGCGAGAGACGGUGCACAUAUGGGUGUGGAUGCUCUGGCACACCCAUGGCCAAACGCACUACUUUACGCGUUUCCUCCACUGAGUCUGAUCAUACCAACAUUACAAAGAGUAAGGGAAUGCGGUCACUCAGUUAUACUAAUUGCCCCAAAUUGGCCAGGGAAGUUGUGGCUGACGGAGAUAAUUCAGCUUCUAUGCGGCCAGCCCUGGCCGCUCCCGUUGCGCAGGGACCUCCUCUCUCAAGCGCGCGGAGAGAUUUUUCACCCAGACCCGAACAAAGUGGCACUUUGGGCCUGGCCCGUGAGAGGUUAAACUUGAGUGUUACGGGUUUGCCUGUGAGGGUGAUUGAGACUAUUCAGAAUGCACGAGCAGCUUCAACGCGCUCGGUAUAUGAUCGGAAGUGGAGAGUGUUUGAGCAAUGGUGCGCUAGCAGACACAUCGUCCCUUUUCUCUGUUCUGUCGCGGAUAUGUUAUGUUUUCUGCAGGAACUUUUGGAUAAGGACAGAGCCUUUUCAACCGUUAAGGUUUAUCUCGCCGCAAUUUCUGCGUGUCAUGUGGGGAUUGACAAAAAUACUAUAGGUCAACACCCGCUUGUUUGCAGGUUUAUGAGAGGCGCGCGGCGUUUGCACAGGGUUUCAAAGCCACUGAUUCCGCCGUGGGAUCUGUCUGUGGUCCUUAAUGCACUAUCUCAGCCCCCUUUUGAGCCUAUAGACAGUAUUGAAUUAAAGCUCCUUUCGCUAAAGGCUGCUUUAUUACUGGCUCUUUCGACCGCGAAACGGGUUAGUGAACUUCACGCUUUAUCGGUUCAUAACUCCUGUAUGCAGUUCGCUACGGAUUACUCGAGAGUAACUCUGAAAACUAAUCCAGCGUUUGUACCUAAGGUGAGCGAGUCAGCUCUCGCUUGUAAACAGGUGGAUUUACUGGCUUUCCAUCCGCAGCCUUUUUCCUCGCCAGAGGAUGAGCGGCUUCAUUGCCUGUGCCCUGUCCGUGCGUUGCGUCACUAUGUGGACAGAACGAAAGCACUAAGGAACAGUAAUCAGUUAUUUGUUUCUUGGGCUGAUUCUCAUAAGGGUAAACCUAUUUCACGUCAGCGCCUGUCCCACUGGGUAGUGGAAGCUAUUAUAGUAAGUUAUAAUAGCAUGGGUCUCUGUCCUCCGGAGGGGCUGAAGGCUCAUUCUACCAGAGGUAUGGCCACCUCAUGGGCAUUGUUUAAGGGCGUUUCAGUUCAGGACAUUUGUGCAGCAGCAAGUUGGGCAUCGCCUCACACAUUUGUCCGAUUUUAUAGACUGGAUGUCACUGAGCCAUCGCUGGCCCAUUCCGUCCUAAGUGUAUAAAAAAAUAAAUAAAUAAAAAAAAUAAAAAAACCCUUUCUUUAGAGGUGUUUUUUAACUUUUUGUUCACAUAUAUCCCUGUUCUAUUGGUGAAUAGUUACGGGUAUUGUGUUAUGUCAUAGCUUACAUCACAGAGUUGGUUGACAUGCCUGCUUCAGACAGCAUAUCUGCAAUACGGGAGUGGUCUAUAUCCCUUUGUGAGAUACUGAGCGAAUGUUUGAAAGAGAACUUUAGGUUACUUACGUAACCCCGGUUCUCUGAUAACAUGAGUGAAGUAUCUCACCGCACGUCCCUCCUUGCAGUGCACGGAGAAGAGAUAUGCUAAGAAUGAAGUAGGGACCAACGGCAGCGGUAUAUAUUAGGGAGCAGGGACUCCCACAUCACUGUCGUGAUUGGUCUGUCAACUGACAGACGUGGUGUAAUUGGUGCUUCCAGGAUCUGUCACGCCCAGAGGCGUUCCCUUUGUGAGAUACUUCACUCAUGUUAUCAGAGAACCGGG